AUGAGUAUUAGCAAGCCAGGAGAGGGAGCUACUAAAUAACACCCUUUACAUGAGUUUAAAGAUAUUAUAAAGCAAGUGAGGGAAUGUAAAACAGCUGCAUAGGAAAGAGAGUUAAUCAAUAAGGAAAAAGCUCUAAUUAGAGAAAGAUUCCUGUAAAAUAAAGAAGAAACAAGAGCAAAGGAUGUAGCUAAAUUGCUUUACAUAUCUAUGUUAGGUCAUAACACAGAUUUUGGUUAAAUGGAAUGCCUUAAAUUGAUUACUUCUUCAAAUUAUGGAAAUAAAAGAAUUGGGUACUUAGGUCUCUGUUAACUUUUCCAUGAACAUUCUGAAAUAUUAAUGUUGGCCACUAAUAGAAUUCAUAUUGACUUAAAUCACACUAAUAAUUACGUUAUUAGUUUAGCUAUUGUAGCUUUAAAUGAAAUUUGCACUACAGAAAUGUGUAGAGAGUUGAUUCCAGAUCUUAUGAAGCAAUUCUAAGUUGGAUCAACUUUUAUUAAAAAGAAAGUAGCAUUAUGUUGUAUUAAAAUGGUUAAAAAGUUACCUGAAGCAACUUCCGAUAUAGUAUAAUAAAUAGAUAGCUUGAUGGAGGAUAAGCAUCAUGGUGUGCUAUUAAGUACUGUCUCUUUAAUGAAAUCUUUAGUUGUUUUAAACGAAGAAAAUAAAAACUAUUUCUAUAAGCAUAUUACUCCUUUGAAAAAAAUACUGAAAGCUCUUAUUAGUAAUAUGAGUGCAGAAUUUGAUGUAAAUGGAGUUAAUGACCCAUUUUUGUAAAUUUCUAUUUUAGAAUUCUUCAGAAUGAUGGCUUAAGGAAAGCAACACGUAGCAGAUGAAAUUAGUGGUAUAUUGGGAGAGGUUGCCUCAAAUACAAAUGGAGAUAAAAAUAGUGGAAGUGCUGUAUUAUAUGAAUGUGUAAAGACAGUUAUGGAGAUAGGCAGUACUAGCUCGUUAAAAAUAUUAUGCAUAAAUGUAUUGGGAAAGUUCUUAAAAAACGCAGAACCAAACAUUAAAUAUGUUUCUCUCUUUAUGCUAUAGAAAGUUUUGAAUUACGAUCUAAAAACUGUUUAGAAAUAUAUGUAAACAAUUAUUUAAUGCUUAAAGGAAGAAGAUAUUUCAAUUAAGCAACUUGCAUUAGAUUUGAUUUUUAUGGUCUCUUCAAGUGAGAAUGUAGAGAGUAUUAUUAAAGAAUUACUGAAUCAUAUGAUGGAUCCUGAACAACUAAUUUUCUUACCAGAACUAGUUUUAAAGACUUGCAUGAUUAUAGAUUCUCACGCACCUAAUAGAAGAUGGCAAAUUGAUACUAUCAUCAAAGUGCUCAGUUUAGCUGGUAGCUACGCCAAAGAAGAUACUACUAACAAUUUAAUUAAUCUAAUAUCUGUUUCUCCUAGUUUGUAAUAGUAUGCUGUAUAAAAAUUAUAUUUUGCACUUAAACAGAAAAUUGAUUAGUCAGGCUUGGCAGUUGUCUCUUUAUACUGUUUUGGUGAGUAUGGCCAUAAAUUAGUAACAGCCACUCAAGGCUCAGAAGACUCAAUUAGUGAAAAAGAUGUAUAUGACCUUAUCUCUAAAGUUUUUGAAAAGUAUGUUGAAAAUGAUGACGUAAAAGAAUAUGGCAUGAACUGCUUAAUGAAAUUAUUCUAUAAGUUCACUAGUUUAACUUUAGAAAAUUAUGUAAACAUUUUAAACCCAUUAACUACAUCAACAACCCCAGAAGUUCAGAAGAGAGCCUGUGAAUAUUUGCAUAUAAUUUAAAAUGAAUGGAAAAAUUAAGUUCAUUAUAUCUUUUAAACUAAUCCUGAAUAUUCAAAAGCUACCUAACAGUUUUCUAAAAAGCCUGUCGAUGAGUAAAGCUAAAAAAAGCAAACAAAUUUAUUGGAAGAUGAUGAAAUUCCUCAAACUCCAGUAAGUUAAGCACAAACUGCUUAACAAAAUAUCUUAGACGAUUUGAUUGGAGGUACUAGUACAGCUAAUAAUGUGCCAACAACUUCAUCUAUUUAGGGAGAAUAGAAUGGUAUAGAUUUAUUAAAUGAUAUAAUAGGUGGAACUUCAUACACACCUUCAGCUCAAAAUGAUAACAAAAUAUAAAAAAAUCUAAUUACUGACUUACUUGAUGAUUUACCUUCCCAAAGCUAGAACUAAUAAAUUUCUUAAAGUAAUACACAGGCUUAAAAAGAGAAAAAUAAUGAGCAAUAACAAUCUAAAAACUUAAUUGAUUUACUCGGUGGAGACGAAGAAAUAACAACUACUCCCAUCUCUAAUCAAAAAAUAACCUCAAACAAUAAUUUUGAUGACUUUGGAGAAAUGCAAGUCAGCUAGCCAGUUUUACCAAAACACAUAUUUACAGCUAUCGAAGAUGCAACUAUUAAGAUUGUUUUUAAAUGCACUAAGCAAUCUGCAGAUACUGUUGAGAUCACUAUAGAGUAUGGAAAUAAGACUCCAUUUAUUAUAAAUGAACUUUAGUUCUAAGUAGCUGUUCAAAAGCAUAAUAAACUAACAAUGAAUCCUAUAUCAUCUACCCAGAUACCUCCUAAUUCCUCAAGUGAAACAGUUUAAGUAAUGAGUGUUGUUAAUACAAUGGCAGGGCAAAAAAGCAUAGCUAUGAAGGUCCGUCUUCAAUAUAAUAUAAAUGGAAAGCCAGUAGCACUAGACAGUCUUGUAUAAGAUUUCCCCAAGGGAUGGUGA